AUGCCUGGUCUAAGCAAUGCCACACUCACUAUUCUCGGAACAGGAAACAUCACAAAGCCUAUUGUGAAGAAUCUUUUACCUGCUAUCAAGGAUGGCAAGACAGAUCUACCUUUUACAAAGAUUGUUGCCUGUGUACGUUCGGAAGGUUCUGAGCAGAAACUCAAUGAGCAAUUCUCGGAGUACAGCAACAACUUGACAGUUUCUCGUGGUGAGAAUGUCAAGGCAGUUCAGCAAGCCGACGUGAUAAUACUGGGCGUGGAUCCUUCCGAUAUACAGAGUGUUCUCACCCAAGAAGGUAUUCGCGAUGCUUUGUCUGAGAAGCUCCUCAUCAGUGUUGCUGCGGGCUGGACAAAAGAGAAGAUCGAAUCCACUAUCUACGGCAGCGAAACAACCAAGGAAAACAGCUCUGGCAGGGUGUGCGUGAUUCGUACUCUACCGAACAUUGCAUGUAUGGUCUCUGAAGGUGUCAUUGCCAUUGAAAACUCCCCUUCUGAGCCCGAGGUACCCAAGGAGUAUCUCGACCUCACAAAGAAUCUCUUCACAACCAUCGGAAAGACAGUCGAGGUGCACCCCCGUCUGAUGAACGCCACCACAGCCGUUGGAGGAUCUACCCCUGCAUUCUGGGCUAUUAUCUGCGACGCUUUCAUCGACGCCUCUGUGGCUGUUGGUGUCCCCAGGGCCGAUGCUCAGACCAUGAUCUACCAGUCUAUGAAAGGUUCGGCGGCGAUGCUCCAGAGUGGUCUGCAGCCGGGUGACCUAAGGGAUCAGGGAACUUCGCCUGAGGGGUGCACUAUCGGAGGAAUAAUGGUUCUAGAAGAAGCGGGAGUUCGCGGACAUCUUGGGCGUGCACUGCGGGAGGCUGUGACUACGGCACGUCUGAUGGAGACUACCACACACGUUAAUGAUACACGCCCUACCUCAUAG